AUGCUUGCUGCUUGGGCCGUGGCUGAAACCCUAUACGAAGCCAAACGUAUGGCAGUCUAUGUUUCCAAUGUCUCGGUUGACUACGCACCGAUGACAAUAACCCUCUACGACAUCUUAAAACAAAUACGCCAAGCACUUGGACAGAUGGAAAAGCUAAUUAAUGAUGAUCAAUAUAAAGGCGAUCAUGUGUCGUUGGAGUUUGGGAUGAGUAAUGUUCAGACAUGGAUGAGGGAAGCAUUGACCAAUGUUGAGGACCUCACUUGUAACAUUGAUGGAUAUAAGAAAGUUGAGCCGUUGAAAAUGGACGUUUGUGAUCGUGCAACAAAGUUAAAGGAAGUGACUAUCAAUGCCCUCAUGUUGGUUAGCAGUUUUGCCAAUGUGAUUCAUCUCCAGUGUAGCGAACUAUGA